AUGUCGACCGCGACUUCAAUGAACGUCACCAAGCGCCCUUGGUCACAACGCGGACAUGCCGAUCACGAUUGGCUAUACACAUACCACACGUUCUCGUUCGCGUCGUACUACGAUCCCAGACAUGAGAGCUUUGGUCCGCUCAGGGUUAUCAACGAGGACAGGGUGAAGGCAGGCACUGGUUUCGGAACUCACAGUCACGCCGAAUUCCUCAUCUUCAGUUACAUCGUCAACGGCGUCCUCGAACACAAAGACAGCAUGGGCAAUCUCGAGAACCUGAAGCGUGGCGAAGUCCAGUUCACCUCCGCCGGCACAGGCAUCCGCCAUUCCGAAUACAACCGUAACCGCGACUCUGAAGUCCACUUCCUCCAAAUUUGGGCUAAGCCAAACAAGAGAGGCUUAAAGCCACACUACGAGACGAAGAAGUUCACCGAUGAGGAGAAGACUGACAAGCUGGUCCGGAUAAUGGAAUACACAGAUCGCCUAGACCAGAACAAGGGCGCCAUCGGGCUACAAGCUGACCUCAGCAUGGACGCGUCGAUUCUUUCUCCGGGCAAGAAGGUCGUACACGAAGUCGUUGCUGAGGGGCCGAGGAAGCUUUACGCACAUCUUGUUAUGGGCGGGCGGUCGCAGCCCAAGCAGGGCGGAGCACAGAUCAAGAUUGGAGAGACAGUAUUGGGAGAAGGCGAUGGCGCGUACAUCGAUGGAGUCAAAGGACCAAACAAGAUCGAGAUUGAGAGUGUGGGCGACAAGCCCGCUGAGUUCAUUUUCUUCGAUAUGGGACCUGAGGAUGCGUAG